AUGGUGCAGUCAGAGGUGUGCUUAGCCAUAGAUAGUUCUAUUAUCAGUGACAUAAAUUGCUUCUUAGGCGUCAUCAAUGUUAUGAUUCCUACUGAUCGCAAAGAUCGAAGACCAGACUCAAUAUCAGACGACGUUGCAGACCUACACCUAGCAAAACGUCCGCGACACUCGGAAGAGUUUGAAAGUGCCAUGAAUUACGAUGGAAUGGCCGAGCAGAUGUCGGAAGGUGUUACCACUGGUGACUGUGGUUACCGUUACCUCGAACAUCCAGCCGAUGUACAAGUCCACGCAUGGGGACCAGAUUUCGCCAAAGCACUGGCGCAAGCUGAGCAGUUUACCAUGUACUAUACAGCCCAAGCCAACGAUUUGUAUGGUUUGGUACAUGCAGUCAUGGAAGAGGCGCUAUGUGGAUUUCAAUCUGAGCCAUUUUUUGUUGGACGGAGAGUAGCUAUGGACAAAUUAGACUUGAAAAACUUCACAGCUGAAUUUCAAGUAGGCGGAGAAUGUUUUGACCUUCAUAAACAUCCUCAGCUCACAGAUGUGAAAGCUAUUACCUAUUCGAACAUGCAAGUACAUCAAACCGCUGAGCGAUGUGAUAUUUAUGUGAUCCUUGAUAUCUAGGU